GAGGUGCAAAGGUUACGUUUUGGCGCUACAAAAAACUCAAGAGGCAUUCCUCAAUUUCCUUGCCUGUGGGAGGGAAUGGGUGAAAAGAGAAAUGGAGAAAUCUAUGGACAUGUUGAAGCUUCUGCAAUCCCUGGGGGAGAGGGUUGCGAGCAAGAAUAACAAUAACAACGGGGAGACACAAUCUUCUUCACAAGGGGACGGGGAUUGCCAGGUCGAGGCUCGCUUCCGCACCUUCCUUCCUAAUCUGCUGCGCGCUUACUUCCAUCCUCCUUCUGCGAAAGAUCGCGAACUUACAGCCAUUCUCAAGUUAUUUUGUCACACUGUAAAAAAUUUUCCCGGAACAUUUUACAAUGGAAAGGCUCAUGCCAUACUUCCUGUUGUCGGGUGGAUUAUUCCAUUCUUUGCUGAACCUUCUUUUGCAGGUCGCCACAGUUUGCUUUUUGAGACCAUGGCUACUCUAUUGUCUUUGCUUAGUACAGGUGACCGUGAAGCUUAUUGUCAAUUCUUUUUGGAUGCUAUGCUGGUCAUUGAAGAUCUUUUGUCUGUUGCAUCGUUCUAUGCCACGGAAUCGGACUUUACAGCUUCUACUGCUUUGUCAAUAACAUGCUUUGGCAAGUCAUUUUUGGAAGUUUAUAGUAACAGUUCUGCAGCACCUUUCUGUGAUCUCCCUAAUCACUCAAAGGCACCAAACAGCCCAGCUAUUCUCAUUGAUAUUACAGGAGACACACGCUGGCAACCAUUUGCUAAUUGGAUUUUGAUGCUGCUGAAUAGAUGCAUGAUUGAAAGUAGGUUUCAAGUGGAAGGCCUUAUUACCUCAUCAUUCAUUUCCAAAUGUUGUGGUUUACUCUGCUAUGCAGAUGGUUUACUACAAAGGGCAUGUUUUGACUUUGUACGCAUUACAUCAUUAUCACUGGACGCAGAAGCAAUUCCUAUCGAGAGGCUUAUUCUUUCAAUAGUAUCCAUCUUAUCUGACCAUGGACCAAGCAUUCCAUUUAGGACAGCAAUUUAUGAUUCAGCAUUGGGUGCUUGCCUUGUUGCUUUGUAUGAUAUAUGUCCCAAGUACAUUGUAGAAUGUACAGCUCAAGAGUUACUAAGUGUGUUUACUCAAACACUUCUAAAUACAGCAAGCCAAGAGCUGAAGGUAGCGAUGUGCAAUGCAUAUGUUCGGAUAGCUAAUAUAUGUCCACCAUAUAUUUGGAAAUUGGAUGCUCUUGUUGAACUCUUGCACUGCUCUGAUCCCUGCUUUCAGCUUGUUGAUUGUAUUAAAGUUGCUGUUGAGGUGUUGGGCCCCCAGUCUGUGGGAGGUGAAGUUGCCAUAAAGGCCAAUUCAUCCUCGAAUGACCUGGAACAAUUUGGUGGGAAGAAAAGAGUUAUUGAAGAUGCUGACAAUACAUGGACCAAACGCCUAAAAUCCAGUGAAGGACUGCAAUAUAACUUGAGAGUAGCUGGUGUUAAACCUGCUAUGGGGACACCUUUAUGUACGUCAAAUAUGAGUGUCAAUGAAUGCACAGUGGAGCAUAGCUCCAAAUAUGUCUUGAAGCAACAGGGAGAACUAUAUGCAGCUUAUUUGCACAAGCUAAUUCUUAAUGUCAUUGAUUCUUUAAACCCUGACGAUGUUUGCUUAGAUUCUAUAAAAGAAAGCCGCUUAACUGCUUUGAGCAUUCUUUACCAAGUAUUUUGUAAAUAUCCAAAUACUUUGUGCUAUGUGUGCAUCGUCCAGAAAAGUUUGACAUGGAUACCAUGGAUUCUUAAGAAGGGUCAGGAGGGUACUCUUAAAAUGUCUCAGCUAUCAUUGUUUCUUGAUGUGGUGAAUAGAAUAUUGCUAUUAAAAGGUUUUCUUUCAGGAGAAAAAUUGCGUGGCAGCAAUGAGUAUACUGACAUGUAUGGAGAACAAUUCUCUUGCAAUCAGUUCAUGACUGCAGAAACAUUGUUUGCAAUUUUAAAGCUUCCAUGGACACUUUCUUCUACUGAUGGACAAUCCCAUGCUAACUGGAAGAUAAAGUGCAAAGCUAUCACCGUUGUAUCCAAAACAGGGAUCAAAGAAAAAAGUGAAUGCAAUCUUGAGGUUUUGGACUUGGCUUUGAAUGAUCAGAAUAGUGAUGUUCGAGCUGAAGCUGUUGCAUCAAUGCCUAUCCUUGUUUUCAGUUGCUAUGAAAUAAUUAAAGCUGUGUGUAAAAGGCUGGAGGUCUUGGGACAAGACAUAUCUGAUAAAGUUCGUGAAAUGGUAGGUCGUAAUAUUGGAUAUUUGGCAUGCAUCUUUGCUGCUCCUAAAGCAACCGAGAAUGCCAAAGAUAAGUGUCAGUUCCACCAAAAUGUUGGGUCAGAAAUAAAUUGUGGAAACUUAGAUAUCCUUAUGUCAGGAUUUUGCUGCCCUCAGUGUGAUAAUAAUUAUUCAGCUUCUGCAGAUGAAGGUGGAGAUUAUGUAAUUUAUCUUCAGACGCAGAAGGAAGACAUCCUUAAUACAACAUCAAUUUUAGAGUUUGGUGUCAGUAUCUGUCAUUCUCUAUUUGCUCAACUUCUUUUCCAUGAAUUGUCGCAACAAGUCCAAGUUGCAUGUAUCAAAAGCAUUUCUCGUCUGCUGAGGCAUGCAAGUAAAAGUGGUCUCGCUGAAACAAAAAAUCUGUGGAUAAAGUGCCUAGAAGUUCUUCCGCUUCAUGAGAACAGGGCUGUCAGAGAAGCAUUUUGCUCACAAAUCCAUUGCUUCACUGAGAAGAAUGUCAUGGAUAGUUUAUUUGAAAAUGACAACACAUGCAAUAAAACUAAAGAAGAAAAUAUGCUCAGAAUUUUAAAACACUCAUUGGCAGCUACUAAGGAUCCAGAUGUCUUUGAGACUUUGUUAGAGACAGUUUCACAAAUCAUGAAAUCAGCUGUUGUCGAUGGGUUUCUGUUUUUUUUCUCCUUUGCAUUAUUGAUUGAUCAGCUUGACAAUCCAAAUAUUGGCAUCAGAGUAACAGCUGCUAGGCUAAUCCACAAAUCUGCCACUUCUCAUCAGAAAGAUGGCAUGAGAGCAAUUCUUUCAAAAUUUGGAAGAAUCAGGGACGAGUUGUUUGAAUACUUGAAUGCAAGGCUUGUCGCACGUCCAGUUUUGAUAAGUGAAUUUGCAGAGGCCAUUUUGGGCAUACCAAGUGUAGAUCUUGUUCGGCAGAUGGUUCCUAUAGUCCUUCCAAAGCUUGUAGCACAACAACAGAAUGAUCAUACAUUGGCUACUUUACAUGAAUUGGCAAUGCAAUUAAAUACAGACUUGCCCUAUUUACUACUGGAAUGGUGUCACAAGGUGCUAUCAUUUGUGCUUCUCCAUUCAGAUGCAAAGGAACUGGUUGCUGUAAUGCAAUUCUAUGAAGUACAGACAGGAUCUAAUGCUGGAGAGAUUUUCGCUGCAGUUGUGCCAGUUCUGCUUGAGGAGCUUGUUCAUUUCUUAGGGGAUUCUGGCAGUGAUGAUACCAAUAUAAGGCUGGCAAGAGUUCCCCAGAUGAUUCAAGAGGUAGCUCUUCUUGUCACUGGGUCAGGAGAUCUUCCAGGAUUUUUAAGGAAUUAUUUUGUCGGUCUGCUUAAUAGUAUUGAUACAAAAAUGUUACGCAUUGAUGACCAACUAUUACAAAAGCAAGCACUUGGGUGUCUGGAAAAGUUGAUUGAAAUGAUUGGUCCCCACCUUAGUGCUUUUGUACCAAAGAUUAUGGUUUUACUUGUGCAUGCUGUUGAGAAAGAAAGUCUUCAAUACAAGGGCUUGUGUGUGUGGCAUUUAUUUAUUCAAAGGCUUGCUCAAGUAUCUCCUCUAAGCCUCAAACAUGUGGCUCCUCAGGUAGUGGCUGCACUCAUGCCGUGUCUUGAGAAAGAGCAACAUCAACUUACUUCACAUGUAGAUAAAGUGGUUGAAAUAUUAGAAGAACUUGUAAUAAAAAAUAGACAGUUACUUGAGGAACAACUCCUUGAAUUACCUCUAUUGCCCAGCCUUUCCAAGCUAGCUAAUGUGAAUCAGAUGCUUCAAGAGGCACGUGGGUCUUUAUGUUUCCGGGAGCAACUGCGACAUGCUGUGGGUGGACUAAACCAUUUGAGUCUGAGUGUCCGGUAUACAACAGCCAUGGAAUUAACAAACUUAUUGAGAGCAAGAAGGGAGGAUGUUAAUGCAAUGAUUCUGGGUGAGGUCAGCUCAGAUUCUGAUGUCUUGAGCCUAUUAAUUACAUCUUUACUAAGAGGGUGUGCAGAGGAGUCAAGGACACCAGUUGGCCAGAAACUUAAAUUGGUAUGUGCAGAAUGCCUGGGGGAUCUUGGAGCAGUAGAUCCUGUCAAAUUUCAGAAAAGUGUUUGCCAACGCUUUAAGAUAGAGUGUUCUGAUGAUGAUAUCAUUUUUGAGUUGAUACACGAACAUCUUGCUAGAGUGUUUAGAGCAGCAUCUGAUACUACUGUGCAAGAUUCUGCUGCUCUUGCUAUUCAGGAACUUUUAAAACUUGCUGGUUGUCAAGCAUCUUUAGAUGAUAAUCUGUCUGCUACCUCUGAUGCCCAAGAAAAUAAUAUGAUGUCUUCUGAUCAUAAAACUCAGGGAAAGGGUUCCAACAAUACUGUAGACCUCCAUAAGAGAGGGGAGAAGCUUUGGAACAGAUUUUCAGAUUAUAUAAGAGAUAUCAUUGCUCCAUGUUUAACUUCAAAGUUUCAUCUGCAAUAUACAGGUGAUUCAACAGCUGCUGGGCCAAUAUAUCGGCCAUCCCUCUCAUUCAGAAGAUGGAUAUAUCUAUGGAUAAUGAGAUUGACUUCACAGGCAACAGGCAUCAGGGCAAACAUUUUUAAUGCCUGUAGAGGUAUAGUAAGACAUGAUAUGGGGACAGCCCUUUAUUUGCUUCCCUACUUGGUUCUCAAUGUUGUUUGCUAUGGUACACCAGAGGCACGAAAAAGUGUGACAGAGGAAAUUUUAUCUGUUCUUGCAGAAGCAACAUCAAAAAAUAAUGAUACUAAAAUUUGUAGAACUGGGCAAGAUAUACUGCUUAGUAGCAGUAAAUGUGGCCUAAGUGGACAAAGUGAAGUUUGUAUUCAAGCCAUAUUCACCUUACUGGACAACCUUGGUCAGUGGGUUGAUGAUCUAAAACAGGAAAUGGCCCUUUCCAAGUCCCUACUAGCUAUUGCAAAUGGAAAAACCAUGCAGAUGAAAGCUCAAACUGAUUCACAGUUGGAUGUUGAACAGAUCAUAACCCAAUGUAAUCAUGUUUCAGAAUUGUUGGAAGCUGUUCCAAAGGUUACUCUUGCCGAGGCCUCAUAUCGCUGCCAUGCUUAUGCCCGCUCAUUAUUAUACUUCGAGACACAUGUGCGUAAUAAGUCAGGGUCAUUUAAUCCUGCAGCAGGGGCCAUUGGUGCAUUUGCUAAUGAAGAUAUGUCAUUUCUGAUGAAGAUCUACAGCGAUUUAGAUGAACCUGAUGGUCUAUUUGGCUUGGCACGGUUGUGUAAGUCACCAAAGUUACAGGAUCAAAUAAUUAUAAAUGAAAAAUCUGGUAACUGGGCAGAAGCUUUAACAUGUUGUGAGAAGGCUUUGCAAAUGGAGCCUACUUCAGUAACAAGACAUUUGGGAGUCCUUAACUGUUUACUAAAUAUGUGUCACUUGCAGGCAGUGGUGACUCAUGUAGAUGGACUGAUCUCAAGGAUUCCAGAAUAUAGAAAGGAAUGGUGCAUGCGUGGUGUACAAGCAACUUGGAGGCUUGGACGAUGGGACUUGAUGGGUGAAUAUCUUUCUGUGGCUGACAAAGAAGGCUUAGUUUCUAGUAGCCCUGAAUUAACUGCUACUUUUGACAUCAGCCUUGCUAAGAUUCUUCAGGCUUUGCGACAAAAUGAUCAUUACAUGUUUGCUGAAAAUGUUGGACAUUCUAGGCAAGCAUUGUUAGCACCAUUGGCAGCGGCUGGCAUGGAAUCUUAUACACGUGCAUACCCUUUUGUUGUGAAGCUUCAUAUGUUAAGGGAAUUGGAAGAUUUUCAUGCACUUAUAACCAAGAAUCCUAUAUUGAACAAGCAGGAGUGUGUUUAUUCAGAUCCAAAGGUUUUGAAAAUGAUUAAAGAUUGGGAUGAUCGUUUAAAAUUUACACAACCUUCCUUGCGGGCUCGGGAACCUAUACUUGCUCUGAGGAGGAUAGUUUUUAGUGCUAGCAAUCUCCAUGCAGAAGUUGGAAACUGUUGGCUUCAAUAUGCAAAACUUUGUCGAACUGCUGGACAUUAUGAGACAGCUAGCCGGGCCAUUUUAGAGGCACAAUCUUCAGGAACUCCAAAUGUGCAUAUGGAGUUGGCAAAGCUUCAUUGGGAUGCUGGAAAAAGUGACCGUGCUAUAGCUGAACUUCAACAAGCACUGGCAAAUGUUCCUGUGAAAGAUUUGGGUGAAGCUGCUAAAGCAGCACUAAGUGACGUUUUACUUGUUCCUUCAGUAAAUCCACUGUCUAUAUCAGCUACUCAAGCAAGGAGAAAUGAAAACUUAGAUACAGCAAAAAAUCUACUUCUUCUUGCACGAUGGGUUCAUUAUACUGGUCAGAAGCAAAAAGAAGAUGUGAUUAGCCUGUAUGGUCAAGUUAGGACUCUUAUGCCUAAAUGGGAGAAAUCAUUUUUUUUUAUGGGAAAAUAUCAUGAUGAGCUUGUGGCUGAUAUUAGAAAAAGACAGGAAGAGAACCUUGAGGAUACAACAACAGGACAUGUUUCUAUAAGAAAACAAAAGACUGACGAGAAACCUUGGUGGUCUCAUCUUCCAGAUGUACUACUGUUUUAUGCCAAAGGUUUGCACAGGGGUCAUAGUCGUCUUUAUCAGGCUAUGCCACGCUUAUUGACAUUGUGGUUUGAAUUUGGCAGCAUGUAUCAUAUUGAGAGUUUGUCUUCUGAUAGUAUCCUGAAGUCUACACAUGAUAAAGUCAUGACUGUUAUGCGUGGAUGUGUCAAAGAUUUACCAUCAUAUCAGUGGCUGACUGCUCUUUCCCAGAUAGUUUCAAGAAUUUGCCACCAAAAUGAAGAAGUUGUUCGUUUGGUAAAGCACAUUAUAACAAUUGUUCUACAGACAUAUCCACAACAAGCAUUAUGGACAAUGGCUGCUGUAUCUAAGUCUACAGUUCCUGCAAGACGUCAAGCUGCAGCAGAAAUCAUACAAACAGCAAAAAAGGCCUCACGGCAGGAUAAAUCAAAAAACAACUUAUUCAUCCAGUUUGCUAGUCUGAUUGAUCAUUUGAUUAAACUGUGCUUUCAUGGAGGACAGCCAAAGUCACAAACAAUUAGUAUUUCAAAUGACUUUGCUCCCUUGAAAAGGAUGAUGCCAGUGGGAGUUAUAAUGCCAGUUCAAUUAGCUCUCACAGUGACUAUGCCACCAGAUGGAAUUUCAGACAAGAAUUAUGAUCCAUUUGCGGCUGGAAACUAUGCAACUAUAUCUGGAAUUGGAGAGGAAGUGGAAAUACUGGCAUCACUCCAGCGUCCAAAGAAAAUUAUCCUGCACGGGAGCAAUGGAGCUGACCAUCCCUUCCUUUGCAAACCAAAAGAUGAUCUGCGGAAAGAUGCCCGUAUGAUGGAGUUCACAACAAUGAUUAACCGUUUGUUGUCUAAGGAGCCAAAAAGUCGUAGACGAAAACUUUACAUUCGUACAUUUGCUGUGAUUCCACUCACAGAAGAUUGUGGAAUUGUUGAAUGGGUUCCUCAUACGCGAGGUCUAAGACAUAUCUUACAAGAUUUAUACAUAGCUUGUGGCAAGUUUGAUAGACAAAAGACAAAUGCUACUAUUAAACGCCACUAUGAUCAAUGUGAAAGCAACAAGGAAGCAGAAUUAUUUAAGACCAAGAUUCUUCCAAUGUUCCCACCAGUUUUUCAUAAAUGGUUUAUGAGUACAUUUUCCGAGCCAGCAUCUUGGUUUCGAGCAAGGGUUGCUUAUGCUCACACAACUGCUGUCUGGUCCAUGGUUGGUCAAAUUGUUGGUUUGGGGGAUAGACAUGGUGAGAACAUUUUAUUUGAUUCAACGACUGGGGAUUGUGUACAUGUUGAUUUUAGUUGUCUUUUUGACAAAGGGUUGCAGUUAGAGAAGCCUGAACUUGUACCAUUUCGACUGACUCAGAAUAUGAUAGAUGGCCUUGGCAUUACUGGAUAUGAAGGCAUGUUUUCAAGAGUAUGUGAAAUAACACUGUCAGUUCUUAGGACACAUCGUGAAACUCUCAUUAACGUCCUGGAGACUUUUAUUCAUGACCCUCUUGUGGAAUGGACAAAAUCUUACAAAUCUAGUGGGGAAGUCCAGAAUCCCCAUGCACAGCGAGCUAUAGCAAAUAUUGAGGCAAGGCUUCAAGGGGUUGUUGUUGGUGUUGGAGCUGCUCCAUCUUUGCCCCUUUCUGUAGAAGGGCAGGCUAGCCGUCUAAUUGCCGAAGCUGUUUCUCACAACAACUUGGGCAAGAUGUAUAUAUGGUGGAUGCCUUGGUUUUGAUUUUUUACGAUGCUAUUUUUACUUGAGAAGAUUUUUUCAACUCUGUUGCGUUUACAUUGAAAAGCAGCAGUGUCUUGUCUUGGAGAUAUUUAUCGUGGAACUUGAGAAGUACUAUUGCCAUUUCCAUCCCUGUGGAUAGUAAAAUUAAUCACUCAUUGUGUUGGAGAGAGAUUACAAAGAAUUCUCUGCAAGUCUGCUUUGGAUUUUUUUCUAGAGAAGUGGGAUUACAAAGAAUCCUCUGCAAGGCUGGUUUGGUUUUUUUUCUAGAGAAGUUAUUUUUUCAAAUUUAACUUUUUAGCAAGGUUAAUUACAUUUGCAGUGUUU